UCUAUAAGAUGGGUAGGCUUGGUAGGGUGGGUGAGUAGUUUUGAAAAUGGUAAAUUAAAGCCACCAUCUUUGGGCCUCCCAGGGAAAAUAUAUUAAGAAGGCAGUUGGAGAAAACUCAACAUACCUCAAAAUCGAGAAGUUGACAUCAGAAUGAGCAGAGAAAACACCAGAAACUAAUUAUGGCUUGGAAAGCAUGAAAUGGGUUUCCCAGUGCUUUGCAAGAAGCAGCCAUGCAGCAAGUCUUGGAAAACCUUACAGAGCUGCCCUCAUCUACAGGAGCAGAAGAAAUAGAUCUAAUCUUCCUCAAGGGAAUUAUGGAAAAUCCUAUUGUGAAAUCACUUGCUAAGGCUCAUGAGAGGCUUGAAGAUUCAAAAUUAGAAGCUGUCAGUGACAAUAACUUGGAAUUAGUCAAUGAAAUUCUUGAAGAUAUCACUCCUCUAAUAAAUGUGGAUGAAAAUGUGGCAGAACUGGUUGGUAUACUCAAAGAACCUCACUUCCAGUCACUCUUGGAAGCACACGAUAUUGUGGCAUCAAAGUGUUACGAGUCACCUCCAUCAAGCCCAGAAAUGAAUAAUUCUAUCAAUAAUCAGUUAUUACCGGUAGAUGCCAUUCGUAUUCUUGGUAUUCACAAAAGAGCUGGGGAACCAUUGGGUGUAACAUUUAGGGUUGAAAAUAAUGAUCUGGUAAUUGCCCGAAUCCUUCAUGGAGGAAUGAUAGACCGACAAGGUUUACUUCAUGUUGGUGAUAUCAUUAAAGAAGUCAAUGGCCAUGAAGUUGGAAACAAUCCUAAGGAAUUGCAAGAAUUACUGAAAAAUAUUAGUGGAAGUGUCACUCUAAAAAUCUUACCAAGUUAUAGAGAUACCAUUACUCCUCAACAGGUAUUUGUGAAGUGUCAUUUUGAUUAUAAUCCAUACAAUGAUAACCUGAUUCCCUGCAAAGAAGCAGGACUGAAGUUUUCCAAAGGAGAAAUUCUUCAGAUUGUAAACAGAGAAGAUCCAAAUUGGUGGCAGGCUAGCCAUGUGAAAGAGGGAGGAAGUGCUGGUCUCAUUCCAAGCCAGUUCCUGGAAGAGAAGAGAAAAGCAUUUGUUAGAAGAGACUGGGACAAUUCAGGCCCUUUUUGCGGAACUAUAAGUAGCAAAAAAAAGAAAAAGAUGAUGUAUCUCACAACCAGAAACGCAGAAUUUGAUCGUCAUGAAAUCCAAAUAUAUGAGGAGGUAGCCAAAAUGCCCCCCUUCCAGAGAAAAACGUUAGUAUUGAUAGGAGCUCAAGGUGUGGGCCGAAGAAGCUUGAAAAACAGAUUCAUAGUAUUGAAUCCCACUAGAUUUGGAACUACUGUGCCAUUUACUUCACGGAAACCAAGGGAAGAUGAAAAAGAUGGCCAGGCAUAUAAAUUUGUGUCACGAUCAGAGAUGGAAGCAGACAUUAAGGCUGGAAAGUAUUUAGAACAUGGAGAGUAUGAAGGAAAUCUCUAUGGAACUAAGAUUGACUCUAUCCUUGAAGUUGUCCAAACUGGACGGACUUGUAUUUUGGACGUCAACCCACAAGCACUGAAGGUAUUGAGGACUUCUGAAUUCAUGCCGUAUGUGGUAUUUAUUGCUGCUCCAGAGCUAGAGACAUUACGUGCCAUGCACAAGGCUGUAGUGGACGCAGGAAUCACUACCAAACUUUUGACGGACUCUGACUUGAAGAAAACAGUGGAUGAAAGUGCACGGAUUCAGAGAGCAUACAACCACUAUUUUGAUUUGAUCAUCAUAAAUGACAAUCUAGACAAAGCCUUUGAGAAACUACAAACUGCCAUAGAGAAACUAAGGAUGGAACCACAGUGGGUCCCCAUCAGCUGGGUUUACUGACAGUUCAAUAAGGUUAACAAUUAAAACUUUUCAAAAGCAACUCAAUGAAUAAAUCUUCUACUGGGAAAAUACAUGCACAGAUAGAAGAUAUCUGCCAAGUCCAGGCAUUUUUAUUGUGUAGAAUGAAAUAACAGUACACUAUUCUGAAUUUUUAUAUAAAAUAUGGUUGGGAAGGUAUAUAUAAUUUAUCUUAAUUUUUCUAACUUUUUAUGGAUAAUCUUUCUAUUCAUAUCACAUAAAGAAAUGCGUUGAAGCAUUUUGUAUAUGUUUUGAUUUGGUACCCUUGCCUUUUUCAUCAAAAGAAUUUUCAAAUCAUUCACUUUAACAUGGUCUCACAUUUUCACUGUGAUAAUGAAUACUUGAAAUAGUUUUAUAAAGCUGUCAUUUAGUUCAGUAUUUAGUGAAGGGUCAGUUACUCUUAUCAGAAGAAAACAGUAGUAUUGGCUUUCCUUCUUAAUCAGAUUUCUUACAGAAGCAGGAUUUUAAUGUCAGUGCUACGAGUGUAUUACUAUCUAAACCUGACAUCAAAAACCUGUUCAGUGCCACAUUUUUUUGUUUCAGAGAUUGUAUGGCUAUCCAUUCUAAUUUAUACAGAUAAUUAUUUUUUCCCUUUGUUUCUGUCUUUAGUGAAAAAAACAAAGAGCAAUACCUCGCACUCUCUUUUGAGGAUAUUCUUUUUGUUUCUUGCAGUAACAUGUGGAUGCUAAUUUGACAUGUACACAUUAAGGUCAGGCUGGAAGCAAGGUCACGCAGACUGAGAGAGUGCCUUAUUCUGUAAAAACCUUACUCGAAGUGACACUUGAAGAAAGCUUUAUUUUCACAUAUGAAAAAUUGAACCUAAUAAUUUAGAGAUUUUUUAAGGAUAUGGUCAGCAAAAGUAUCAUGCCUCUGCAGAUUUCUGUGUUGUUUAAAGAUGCCUUUAAGUUUACAGUUGGGAGUUUUUGUGAAUGAUCAGUGUGCUUUUUGAGUAGUGAUGUAAUUAUUAGGGUAUUUGUUCUAUUUGUUGUGAUGAAAACCAAAUCAUUUCAACAAAAUUUGGAAAUGACUGUCACUUGUUUUAUGUAGAUACACAUAUGCAUUAUAUAAUAUGUAUAUCAUCUAUAUACAGUAAUGUUUUGUAUAUUUUAUAUUUCUGUUAAGAAAUGCAUUUUCAGUUUAAGAAUGGGGAGUCCUCUUUUAGAUGCAUUGAUGUAAUAUACAAAUUUCCAUAUUUAUCUCAACUAAUAUCUUCCUUUUAGAUUUUUGGAUGAUGUAAAUUCUUCCUGAAACAUACUCAGAGGUGCAACUCAUCACUAAACUAAGUUGAUCAUAUUGUAUAUUGCUGCUGCUAGCUUUUCACAUUUUAAAGGGUUAAGUGCUUAAAUAUUGAUGAUAAUCUUUGUCUGGUGCAAGCAUCAGACACCUGGCUGCUGAAUUUGUUUUUCCCCUCACCAGAGCUAUCACAUGGAAUGCCAGCUUGGAAGUCUGUCAGAGAAGAAAAAAAUAUAUGACAGUAGGAAGUAUUACACAUUGUUUUAAAUCAUUUCCACAAUGAAAGAAAAUUGUUAGAUUGUUAAAAUUUGAAGUCUAUAGAUCUUUAAAUUUUUUAAUUCUAGAAUUUCAAAAAGAUCCCACAUUGAUUUUCCUUGUCAUAGGAUAGCAAAUUGUUGGCAAAGUAGAUCAUACUUUCAAUAACUUUGGAAAAUUUCAUAUCACAUAUAUUUACCAAAAAUUCUUGGCUUCUAGAGCAAUGUGAAUUAAAGCAUCAAUGUGAUCCUAUGACUUAAUGUUUCACCAUACUGUAAGUUUUUUAAAAUAGCUUUGAGAUAAUUGUAGCAGCAAUUUAUCUACAGACUAUUUCUACUACCUUGGUACAUAGAGGUGAUUUUCACGUAUGUUUUUAGCCUUAUGUAAUAUAAAAACUCAUACUAUCUAAAAUAUAGUCUAUAUUUAAUAUUCAUGGUUGACUAGUUAAUGCAGAUUAGAUUCCUCACAAAAUGAAAUGAUGCAGUUUAGUUCAGUUCAGUGUAGAUGUAAAUGUUGAAGAAAAUAAAUUUAGAAAAGUGCAUUGUAUAUCAAGAAUCACUGAACUGGAAAUUCAAGUUUCAUCUGAGUCUGCAGGAACCGCCAGAGCUCUGCUGAGGCCCAGAGGCCCCACCCAGGAUUCUCCUUAGGUAAUGUGACAAGAAAGUGUGUACUUCUCUUAUGGCAAAAGCCUAAGAUAAUAGACUUAUUUAUAAUAGCUUUACUGAAAAGAAAAUCGUUUCAGUGUUGUUGAGUGAUUGGUAAUAAAUCUACACACACAUGCAUGUGUUUUUGUGAAACAAAAUGGUCUGACGCAUUAAUGUAAGGGUUCCUUGUGGACAGAUGAGUGUUCACAUCCAGCAUUCAGGGCAUGGCUGUACAACUAAGAUUAUAUUUUUCAUGUUCAAUGUACCAAUACCAGUAGAGGAAAUGGCCCUAUCUGUAACUAGUACAAUAUAUUUGAUACCCUACAAAUAGAAUGUUCAUCUUCAUUACAACUAUGCUUUUAUUAUGCAGUCUCCCAUUUCUGUUUGAUAUUUAGAUAAUACUAAAUGUCAGAUAACAGGACUAUUUUGACCAACUCUAUACAAUUGCUGACCAUAGCUUUCUAAAAUGUAAGUCAUAUCAAAAAUCCAGUAUGACUACAGCGAUAGCCUAAACCAUAGAUUCUAGAAUCUAGUAAAUUCAUUUAUAAAAGCCUGUAAGUUUUCUUUAAAAUGGCAAGUUACUAAAAUAAAUUUAGAAAAUAACCUAAAUUAACAAUAAAACUCAACAGUAUGACAGAUUAUGGCCAAAUACCGCUUUGACCAUGAUAUCUCAGUGAUAAUAAAAGAUGAUCCUUUUAAAAUUCAUUAAGAUGGUACUUAUUUUUAUGUAUAACUAAAGUGUCAGGAUCCGAUGAUUGGAGUUAAUUUUCAAGAUGGAUAGCCAUAGAGUUAGAUAGUUAUUUUGAAUUGGCAAACUCUAAAGAUAAGUUUUGAAAAUUGUUCAAAGUAAUAAUAUCCUUACGUUUUACUUUUAUGACUUCUUGAAAUAAUACUCCAUUAAAUCACAGGCUAGAGAGCCAAUAAUUUUGUAGUAAUGAAUCUUUAUACUAAAUGUGGAAAAGGCAGUUCUAAAGUUUAUGUACAUAAAUAGUUCAUUUUUAAAAUGUGGAGUUGCUAUAUAUAUGUGUGUAUAUAAAUAUAUAUACAGCUAUGCGUAUAAUCUGUAACAUGCUCCCAAAUUACAUGAAUAAUAAAAUUAUUCACCCACAUAUUAUAGCUACUGUUCUGAAAUUUUUAAUUACUUCCAAGUUUCUAGAUUGUUUUAAAAGGCCUUGGUUCUACCUUGAAGCUGAUACUAACUUCCUUUGUAAAAAAUGAGAAAUUAAACUCAAAAUUACUGUUCA